UCAAGAGCAGGCCUCCCUCGGCUUUCCCACAAAACAAACAAAGGGUAAAGUUCAAAAACCAAGAAAAACACAGCUCCGCUAAAAAAAAGAAAGGAUUUUUACAGUGUGUGAGAGAGAAAGUCGCGCGAUCUAAAGAAAACAGAAACCCCUCUUUCUCUCUCUUCUCAUUCUCCACGGCUGGGAGGGCUUCUCGAAAAUGUCUGCCUACAGAGCUGAAGAUGACUAUGACUACCUCUUCAAGGUCGUCUUAAUCGGAGAUUCUGGCGUUGGCAAGUCCAAUUUGCUUUCCCGCUUUACCAAAAACGAGUUCAGCCUCGAAUCUAAGUCUACUAUUGGGGUUGAGUUUGCUACUCGCAGUUUGAAUCUUGAUGGCAAGGUUAUCAAGGCUCAGAUUUGGGACACUGCUGGCCAGGAACGGUAUAGAGCGAUUACAAGUGCUUACUAUCGAGGAGCAGUUGGCGCCCUGCUUGUGUACGAUGUUACACGACACUCCACAUAUGAAAAUGUUGAGAAGUGGUUGAAGGAGUUGAGAGAUCAUACCGAUCCCAACAUUGUAGUAAUGCUAGUUGGCAACAAAUCAGAUCUUCGCCAUCUUGUGGCAGUGUCAACUGAGGAUGCAAAAUCAUUUGCUGAGACAGAGUCCCUCUAUUUCAUGGAAACCUCUGCCCUUGAAGCCACAAACGUUGACAAUGCCUUUGCUGAAGUGCUUACACAAAUUUACCACAUAGUGAGCAAGAAGGCUAUGGAAGCUAACGAUGAUGCUGCUGCAUCAGCCGUUCUAGCAAAAGGGGAGAAAAUUGAUAUCAGUAAGGAUGUCUCCGAGGUAAAGAAAGGCGGUUGCUGUUCCAGCUAGACUACCAAUCUCUGAAGUCGCUGCAGCAGCCAGCACUAGCAGGUCGUCUCCUUGCUCGACAUCUAUUUUACAUUUUGUUUUACAUAUAGUACACCGGGGUUGUGUGAAAUUUUUUCCAGGGAUGCAUAGAGGUAGGGGAUUCAUGGGGAUUGAUUUGAUGUAUUUUACUGUUUCGAUUACUGAUAUUUUAACUUAUGAUUUGAAAAAUACUGAUGCUUAAGCUGAUCCACUUGGGAGUUGCAAAUUACAGUUUUAUACUCAUUUGACUUUGAGGGACUUUGUUUCCAAGUACAGAAUUGUUAUGGCUUUCAGUUUCAAGACUCCAAGAUUUGUUUCA